AUGGACGCGGACGGGCUGCUGCUGUCGCUGGAGCUGGCGUCGGGCAGCGGGCAGGGCCUGAGCCCGGACCGCCGGGCGUCGCUGCUCACGUCGCUGCGGCUGGUGGCGCGCGACUACCGCUUCGCGCGGGUGCUCUUCUGGGGCCGCGUCCUGGGCGUGGCGGCCGACUACUUCGUGGCGCAGGGCCUGGCCGCCGACCAGCUCGCCCCGAGGAAGACGCUCUACAGCCUGAACUGCAUGGAGUGGAGCCUUUUGCCGCCCGCCACAGAGGAGAUGGCGCUUCAGACGGCUGCGGUGAAGGGCCGCUUCAUCGGGGACCCCUCGCAUGAGUAUGAGCACACUGAGAUGCAGAGGAUCAAAGAGGGGGAUAAGGUCUAUGAAGAAGAAGUAGUGGUCCAGGUUAAGGAGGAGAUCCGCUUGGUGACCAUCAUUGACCAGAUCGAUAAGGAGGUGUCGAUCAUCCCACGAGGUGCACUCUUUAAGACCCCAAUGGGACCCAUCCAUGUCAACCGGACCUUUGAGGGACUUCCCUUAAGUGAAGCCAAGAAGCUUAGUUCCUACUUCCACUUCCGGGAGCCCAUUGAUCUGAAGAACAAGACCUUGCUAGAGAAGGCUGACUUGGAUCCCUCCCUGGACUUCCUGGAUUCUUUGGAGCAUGACAUCCCCAAAGGGUCCUGGAGCAUCCAGAUGGAGAAGGGCAAUGCCCUGGUGGUUCUGCGCAGCCUGCUCUGGCCAGGCCUCACCUUCUACCAUGUACCCCACACCAAGAACUAUGGCUCUGUCUACGUGGGCACUGGUGAGAAGAACAUAGAUUUGCCCUUCAUGCUAUGAGGGGUUUGGGGUACAGCCUGGGAAUUUUUAAUGUCAAGUC